AUGUUCGCUGAAAAUAUUUUUCGGCCGUUGCCAGUAUCGUCGUAUGUUUAUGAAGGCGAGGAGAAUUCAGAGAUGACUUGGGAAUUCCAACAAACCAAUGCGGUGUACAACGCCUUUAACGCUUUUUUGUGGAUCAAAUGCUUCGAAUCGGCAAAAGCAUCUGAAUUUAUAGAUAAAAGAUUUGUCAACGCUCUGGUACAGCGAUUGGACAGUUGUUUGGAUGCCGAACGUAGUAUGGUCAAAGAACUCAUGACGACCAUGUUUUGCGUCACUAGGUACCUGAGAGAGGACCUUCUUAACGCCAUUGUCGACAUGCUCACCGAUUUUGGCUAUGGGUUUAUCAAAGAGUUCAAAGGGAUCGACGUUUUGUUAUGCUUGCUCAGAGAUUUUAUCGAAUGCGCGUUAGUUCCAGAGAACGUUUUGACCAAAGUUCUUCCCGUGUUGAUCAAGCACACGUCGUUGUGCAAUUAUCAAGAUGCCAUUCACGAAUGCCUGGAAUCUGCUGUCAAGUCGCAUACCGCACUGGCCACUCAUUGCAUGGAUUGCGUGUUGAAAAACUGGCCGGCAAACGGUGAUUCCAAAGUGGAUAUCACGUUGCUGGCAUCUCUUUUCUGUCUGUACGAAUGCUGUGAACCCGAACAAUGGUCAAGCGUACAGAGCCGAAUGAUUCACCAACUGAGUCGUUUGGUACGCAGUAAAAACGCUAUGCUAUGUUUGCAAGCCGAAAAGUUCAUAGGUCGGAUUAUCGUUGACGGACGUGUCCCCAGACUGGGAACUAGCGUUGGUAAGCUGGCCGACUCGUUGCUCGACGUGUACAACAAUCAUUGGUCCUUAGACUGCGUGACGGUUGCAUGCGAUCAUCUAAAACGUUUGCUCAAAUUCCGGUUCUUGGACAUGCGACAAACGUCGGUAACGACUGAAGCGCUCGGUGAGGUCAGACAGCAAAAAAUGUUCGACGAACUAGUAACCAAAAAAAAUAUAGGACUUGUCAAAUCCAGACCGAAAAUUCCGAAAGUAUCUGUGGUCAUAAGCUAA